AUGAGUUUUAGUAAAGAUGGAAAAUUUUUGGCUACAGGAGGUCAAGAUACUGUGGUUAGAGUGUGGGCUGUAAUAUCAAGCGAUGAGGAACGUGAGUACUUCCUGGGAAGAAAUGGCAAAAAGAAUGCUUUUGAUGAUGUCAGUGGUACUAAACUUGGCGCUCCCGUGUUUCGUGAAAAGCCAUUAUACGAGUAUACCGGUCAUACUGCUGAUUUAUUGGAUUUAAGUUGGAGCAAAAAUAAUUUCUUGCUCUCCUCGUCAAUGGACAAAACUGUUAGAUUAUGGCAUAUAACAAGGAAAGAAUGUUUAUGCUGCUUCCAACACACUGAUUUCGUUACCUCGAUUGCUUUCCAUCCAAAGGAUGAUAGAUUCUUUCUUUCUGGAUCUUUAGAUUGUAAACUUCGAUUAUGGAAUAUUUCUGAGAAGAGAGUUGCACAUUGGCAUGAAUUGACCGACUCACAAUUGAUUACUUCUGUCGGCUUUACUUUGGACGGGAAAUUUUCAGUCGUAGGAACACUUAAAGGUCUUUGUUUAUUCUAUGAAACUGAUGGGCUACGCUAUCAUACUCAAAUUCAUGUAAAAAGUUCUCAUGGCAGAAAUUCUCAGGGCAAAAAAAUAACAGGUAUAGAGCCAUUUCCCGGUACUCCUGCUGGUCAAGAGAAGUUACUGAUAUCGUCAAAUGAUUCAAGGAUACGAUUGUAUAAUAUGCGAGAUAAAUCACUGGAAUGUAAAUACAAAGGAAUGGAAAAUACUUGUGGCCAGAUAAGUGCAACAUUUAGUGAUGAUGGUCGUUAUAUUAUUACUGGAUCGGAGGAUCGUCAUGUCUAUAUAUUUAACGCUGACCAAGCGUCAAUCAAUUCGUCACAUCAUGGAUCAAGUAGCAGUGCACAUCCUGCAGUAGUAACAACUGCAAUAUUUGCACCAACUCGUACCAAACAAUUAAUUGCACAUGGUGGCGACCCGAUAUAUUCAAAUACAAUCAAUCAUGACACAUCCAUCCCUUCUGAUAAAUUUACUUACCCUGAUGGGAACAUUAUAGUUUCAGCUGAUAAUACUGGUCGUAUAAAGAUAUUCCGUCAAGAUUGUGCCUAUUAUCAUUCUCACGACAACGACAGUUCGUCAAUUCUAAGUACCAGGAAAAGUCAUUCAACUUUUACAAUGGAUACUUGUGAUUCUACCAAAGGAAAUAUAAAUUUAUCAGAAUUUGAUGGUAUUGUACUUGGUGUGUUCAAGGACGGUACAUUAUGUCAAACUGUUAGUGGCUCAAACCAGCUUCCUGAAGACUUUCUACAAAUAAUCAAACAAAAACUCGAAUAUUCUGGAUGCAGUAAAGGAAGGCUGGGCGAAUGUAAAGUAUUACAUGGAAUAGAUAAGUUUGAUGCUGGUGCUGGUGAUAACCUUCGUAAAAAAAUAGCCAUCGUUGGAUUGGGUAAAAAAAGAUAUUUUAACACUUGUGUUAAUGAUCAAGAGUUAGCUGAAGUUUUAGAAAUUGCUAGAAAUGCGGCAGCUAUUGGAGUUCGUAGCUUAAGAGAAAAGAAUGCCAAAAAUAUUUUGGUUGAUGUUAUGACUAAUGAACAUGGUGCAGCUGAAGGUGCAGUGCUCGGUCUAUAUUAUUAUGAUACUUUGAAAUCGGCUAAAAAUCAAAAAUCACCAGUAAAAAUUACACCACUUGGAUCAAAAUCUACCUCCACUUCUACAUCAUAUUCUUCUUCUCUUACCACUUCUUUCUUGCCAUCAUCAUCAUCAAUCACCACUGCAACAACAGUUGGUGCUGCCAAAGAUUUAACAUGGGAAACGGGAAUAAUUUAUGCAGAAGCACAAAAUUUUACGCGUACACUAAUGGAAACGCCAGCAAAUUAUAUGACUCCGACCAAAUUUACCGAACAUGUGAAAUCUAAAUUAACUGGUCUGCCUAAUGUUGAAGUGAUUAUUAGGAAUAAGGAUUGGGUAGAAGGGAAGAAAAUGGGAUCUUUCUUGUCAGUGUCCAGAGGAUCAGAUGAACCGUUGAAAUUUUUGGAGAUUCAUUACAAAGGUGGCAAGGAAGGUGAUAAGCCAUUGGCAUUUGUUGGAAAAGGUAUAACAUUUGAUUCAGGUGGUAUUUCAUUGAAGCAACCCCUAGCAAUGUUAGACAUGAAAGCUGAUAUGGGUGGUGGUGCAGCAGUCGUGGCAUCUGUGUAUGGUAUAGCAAAAUUAGGACUGCCGAUAAAUUUGGUGGCCACAGUUCCGCUUUGUGAGAAUAUGCCAUCAGGUCAUGCAACCAAACCUGGCGAUGUCGUUAUAGCAAUGAAUGGCAAGUCUAUUGAAGUUAUCAAUACAGAUGCAGAAGGUCGCCUUAUUCUAGCUGAUGCUCUGUACUAUACCAGCUCAACAUUCCUACCUCAUACAUUGAUUGAUAUGGCAACAUUAACGGGUGCAAUGUGUAUAGCGUUAGACGAAGCUUAUUCUGGUGUGUUUACUAAUUCUAAUGAAGUAUGGGAACUGUUGUCGAACGCUGGUAAAACAACCAAUGAUAGAUUUUGGCGCAUGCCAUUAGAUGAUCAAUAUAAAAAAAAAUUGGUAAAGUCGAGCGUGGCUGAUUUAAUUAACUCUGCCGGUAAGCCAGGAGGAUCGUGUAUAGCAGCAUCUUUCUUGAAAGAAUUUGUUUAUGGAUUAUGUGAGGAUUUGAAUAAAACCUGUGAAGGGAGAGAUGGCGAAGUUGAAGACGAUGAGGGCGAAAUGGGCGGUGUUAGGAUUAAAGAUGCGAGUGAAUUGAAUUGUAUUAAAUAUGCACAUAUUGAUAUUGCCGGUGUUAUGUUUACUACAACUGAUCAUGCUUACAAUGUUGAAGGAAUGACUGAAAGUCAAACAUCAAUAAAUCCGUCAAUAACAACUGCACCAGUAACGACACCACGUUCACCACGAAUAGAAAUAGAAUUUUGUAUUCAAUGUCGUUGGACACUUAGAGCGGGAUGGAUGGCGCAAGAGUUAUUUAUUACAUUUGGAAAUGCUUUAGGUGAAGUUGCUUUAAUACCUGGGAUGAGUGCUGUGUUCAAAGUUACUAUUGAUGGAGAAAUUAUUUGGGAUAGAAAGAAAGAAGGUAGAUUUCCCGAAUUAAAGGAAUUGAAACAAUUAAUAAGAAAUAAAAUUGCUCCUGACAUGAAACUUGGUCAUAGUGAUGCAAAAAAAGAAGAAGAUAAUAAUAAUCAAAAUGCUACUAAUGCUAGUGAUGCCACCGCCACCACCAUUACUUCUGAUAAGAAGACUGACAAAGAAUGCAAAGAUUACAAAAAAUAUUAA